AUGCUCUCCAGAUUUCCCGGAGCUCGCGUGCUGGGAAGGUCAUGGACCACAGCUGGAGCGCUGGGAAGAUCGCAUCGCUCGUUUGCCAGCGAGUCCCAGGAGUUGGUCUUGAUGGACCGCCGAGACACUGGGGUGGCGCUGCUCACGCUGAAUCGGCCGAAAGCCCUCAAUGCUUUGUCGGACGGCCUCAUGCGGGCACUGGCGGAGAAGCUCCACGAGGUCGACGCAGACUCCACGCUCAAGGCAGCCGUGGUGACCGGCACAGGCAAAGCUUUUGCAGCUGGCGCAGACAUCAAGGAGAUGCAUUCAAGAUCCGACUACAGCGAUGUGCGGCAUGACAACAUGUUGGCACAUUGGUCCGCCAUUUCGGGCAUUCGCAAGCCGAUCGUGGCCGCCGUGGGUGGCUUCGCCCUUGGUGGCGGCUGCGAGCUCGCCAUGUCGUGCGACAUCAUCAUCGCCUCAGAGGCGGCCAAAUUCGGACAGCCUGAGAUCAAGCUGGGGACAAUCCCCGGCGUCGGCGGCACGCAGAGAUUGGUUCGCGCCAUCGGCAAGUCCAAAGCCAUGGAGCUGGUGCUCACUGGUGACAUGCUCUCUGCCGAGGAGGCCGAGAAAGCCGGACUAGUUUCUCGCGUGGUCCCCGCCGGGUCUGAGGUCGAUGAGGCCUUGAAGGUCGCGGAGAAGAUCGCCUCCUUUUCCGUCCCUGUGGUCCAGCUGGCGAAGGAGAGAAACCGGCUCAGAGGCCGGGGCCCAGAGGAGGCUGGAAGCGCCAUCGUCUUGAAUGUGUUCAGGCCCGGCUCAGUGUUCCGGGCCUUGCAAGGCGAGGUUGAAGUGGAGAUACCCGCGGACUUCUCAUUAGACCGCCAUGCCACGUUCUUGACGGAUCUCAGUGCAGGGUCUGUGAGUUGA